AUGCAGAACGGAGUGAGGGCAGCAACACAGCAGAGGUGGGAGGAUGCCGAGCGCUUCUUCCAGAUAGUGCUGCAGCAGGAGCCGGACAGUGCCAGUGCCUACUCCAACCUGGGAAACGUCCACCUCAGCGAGGGGCGCGCGGAAGAAGCCGUCAGAGAUUUCUCUCGUGCCAUUGCAAUCGCUCCAACGGCUCCUGUACCAUAUCUGAACAGAGCAAUAGCAGAGGAGCAGCUGGGAGUGAAUGCGGCCAGCUCAGGCAACCAGGCAGAAGCUGAGCGGCACUACGAGGCGGCUUUGAGAGACUGCCGAGAUGCACAGGACCGGGACUCCAAGGAGUUCGCAGCCUUCUUCAAUGAGGGCAAUGUGCAGGUGCGGGUGGGGCAGUACGAGGCUGCGCUGGCAGCGUACAGCAGGGCGGCUGACCUGGCGCCGGGCAUUGCCGGGUACCGGCUGCGGCAGGCGGAGCUGCUGUUCCAGAACGCGCGCCCGGCCGACGCCGACUCCAUGAUGCGCGGUGUCGUGCGCAAGAACCCCAACUAUGCCGAGGCGCAGGCGGCGCUGGCGGCGGUGGAGUGGGUGUCGGGGCAGCAGGGCAAAGCGGAGGAGCAUUUCGACAAGGCGGUGAGUUUGGAUGGGCGCUGGCGCAAGAUGGGCUUCAUCCGGCAGCAGACGCGCUGGCCACCCGCACUCUACGACGCCAUGGAGAAAUUCCUCGCCAUAGCCGGAUCGAGCUGA